AUGGACAGCAGAAAGAGGUCAGCAGCUUCUUCCAACUCUCCAAGUUUGGUUUUCUGGUCCUCGUCAUUCCCACGGCAACCGGCCAGGGUCCUAAUUGUGGAGGCGCUGCCGCCCCGAUGGUCAGAGACUCGCACGGUUCUUUGCGAUGCUCUGGACAACUUCUUGUCUCUGGCCUCUAGUCUGGAUGGGCCCUGUAGGAUACCUCUACUGAGCCUGUAUGCCGUCAGCAGGCAGCGGGAAUGUCUAUUGCCAUUUGUGCAAGUUCGUGGUAACUUCGCCAGGCUGCAUUCCUGUGUUGAAGAGCUGAGGUCUAUUCCAAGUGAAGGUUGUAUCAGAGGAGCAGCCGCAGGAGCUGAUCUGCUGCGACAGGCAGUGCUGGACAGUCUGCAGCAGUUUAAACAGUACAUCAGACACACCAGCGCUGGCAGUCAGGCCGGCAGCAACAUCUCUGUGGAGGUUACUCUGGUGACCAGCCAGCCAGGCCGUAGCAUUGUUCAUCAGCUGGAGAUGGGGCUCAAAGAUGCUGACCUGGUUUCACUGAAACGACUCCUGGUAGUGCAGAUCUACAGUACAGGAGACUGGUGCCAAGACGCUCUCUCACCUGAGCCCGCCGCACCCUCGGAGACUGAAGACUCUCUGAUGCUGGGGACAGAGGUCGACCUGCAGCAGGUGGAGAACACUGUGUUUGCCAUAGAGACUGUGUUCAAGGCAUGGCUUCAAGAACAGGGUGGAGACAGAGAGCACCUUCACCUCUUGCUACCAAGCCCCAUGGAUAGCCUCAUUCCAGUGUGCGUGAAGUGUGACAUGCAGGAGCGCAUGAUAAGCCCAGCGCUCAUCCCGCUGACCCCGAACCUGGGAGUGAAGACUGAGAGCAUUCGGGACUUCCUGCCUGGCACUAAGGGCUCGGCCAAUCAAAGCCCAGCACCGCAGACACUGAAAGUGAUCAAAGUUCUGCGCGCAGACGGAGUGUGUGAGAGUGUGUUGUACGGCCUUCCGCUGGUGAUCCGCCCAACCACCUGCUGGCAGCUGGACUGGGAUGAAAUGGAGAACAACCAGAACUUGUUCCAUGCCCUCUGCCACACACUCAGGAGUCGUGACCUGUUCCUGCUGCUGCAGGUGGAGCCGGCUCAGAAGUCUGCAGCUGGAGCCUCAGGUGUGUAUUCCCAUUAUAUCCUCCAGCCAUCUCCAUCUCUCUCCCUGCUGCUGAAGCCUGUGGUCUCCAGAGAGCUGCUGCUGCCGUGCUCACAGCUGGUCUCGGCUCAGGACCCUGCACAUCAAGCCAUGCAGACUAUACAGAGCUGUCUCACUCAGCUGGAUGAGGGGUUUGUUUUAAACCCUCUCUCUCUGAGCAGUAACCUCUACCAGCACCUCAGGAGCCGAGGCCUGCUCUCACAGCCACGAUACCCAUACAGAUCCUCCUCUUCCACUCUUUUAUCUCCCGUUUUCUACAAGAAAGUGAUCUUGAGUUUGAAAUUCAAGCUACAAAACUACAGUCGCCAACUGGGAAUGAACAGCAAGGUCAGGGCCACCGUUGCUCCGCUACCCUCCACCUCCGCCGCCUCCUCUUCCUCCUCGCUGGGACCUCCUCCCAGCAAGGCCUCCCGCCCAGCUCUGAACUUCCUCAGCAGCAGUGGCAGCAGUCGGGCUCCUACCCGGCAAGAGGGAAACGAUGAUGAUGAUAACUCUGUGCUAAUACAGUAA